GGCGGCGGCGGCGAGGGGGGGGAGAGGAAGGGGAGGGCGGGCGCUUCCGGUUCCGGGUCGGCGGCGGCGGCCGAGGAAGGGGGGGCGGCGGCGGCCGUUUGUAAACUCGGGGCGGCGCGGAGCGGAGCGGCCGGCAGGCGAAGACCCGCAGCAGCGUCUCCCGCACGGAGCCGGCGCCCCCCCGAGGGCGGGGGGCCGGGGAUGACCCCCCCGUGAGGGCGCCGAGGCCCCCCCCGGCGCCGUCCCCCCGCUCCCCCGCCCCGCCCGGCCCCGUCCCCGCCGGGGGGGCCCGAGGAGGAGCCGCCCCCCCCAGCGCAGCCACGGCACCGGGCGCCCCGAUCCCCGCACGAUGUCGGCAAAGUGGAGGGUACUGGGCAAGACCGGCCAAAAAAAAAUGAUUAACUGAGAGAAAAGCGCACAAAAAAUACAAAAAAAGCCAAAAAGCCAAAAGAAAGCAAAAAAAAACCAGAGCGAGGCUUCCUAAAAUCCUUCCCUGGGAGCGUUAAGGCUAAGGCAUUGCCAGUUGAGGACAGACAGACAGACAGACAGACCCAGCAUGGCUCAGGCGAGCCUCCUGGCGUGCGAGGGCCUCUCGGGCGUGUGCCUCGUGCCCACGGCGGCCAGCAAGAAGAUGAUGCCGAAGCAGGGCGCCAAGGCGGCGGCGGAGGGCCGCGAGCGCGGCGGCGGCGGCAGCCCGGAGGUGCUGGCGCUGCGCCAGGACGGCGAGAAGCCGCGCGGCCGCAAGGAGGAGGAGACGGCUGAGGCGUCGCAGCCCAAAAACUCCAUCAAAAAGAUGGUGGUGAUCAAGCAGAACGGCUCCUUCCAGCUGAGCAGCGCCAAGAACUUCAUCUGCGAGCUCUGCUACGGCGCCUUCCGCAGCAGCUACCACCUCAAGAGGCACAUCCUCAUCCACACCGGCGAGAAGCCCUUCGAGUGCGACGUGUGCGACAUGCGCUUCAUCCAGAAGUACCACCUGGAGCGCCACAAGCGCGUGCACAGCGGCGAGAAGCCCUACCAGUGCGAGCGCUGCAUGCAGAGCUUCUCCAGGACAGACCGGCUGCUGCGACACAAACGGAUGUGCCAAGGCUGCCAAACCAAAGCCCCCGAGGCGCAGCUGCUGCUCUAGGCCGAGGUGACCGCUCGCAGCGGGGCGCGGCCGGGCGCUCGGGGCCCCCCCCGCCGCGGGGCCGGGGGCGCCGCCCCCCCAGGACUGCCGGACGAGGUCCCGACACUGUACAUAGGCCGAAGACGAUCCGGAAACCUUCCCCCGGCCGGCGGCGGCCUUCCUCUCGUCCCCCCCCGGCCCCCCCACCGCCGGGCGCCUCCCGGCGGCCCGAGAGCGGCGCGCCCCAAAUCCCGCGGGUGGGGCGCCCGGCGGCCAGGAGCCUGCCCCAAAACCCUCGGGUUUUGCGAGAAAAGCGGAGCGAGAGGCGGGGCCCGCCCCGGCCACUUCCCCUCUCGGUGCUCGCCAGGGUUUGGGGCUCGUGGGCCCCCGCCCCACCGCCACCUUCACGGGGGGGCUGCCCAGAGCCCCCAGCCCCAAAACCGACCCCAAAACCGACCCCAGAAGUCCCCGUGACCCGGUCAAAGCCCAGGAGCCGUCGCGUGGGGAGAGCCGAGAAGCCGGGGGGGGGCUUCUGCUCACUUCUGAGCCAUCCUGGGGGGAGCGCGGGGCCCCCCCGCUGCGUCGGGGUCCCUGGGGAGGAGGGGGCAGCGCCCGGGCCCGCUCAGGGCCCCCCCAGCCCCCCUCAGCCCGCUGCGAGCCGAGCAACCGCCCC